AUGUAUUUGAGUGUUAAAAAUCUGCUGCUAAAUCUGGGAGCUAAAGUGUGUACACUUGAUCCGGCGCUGUUUUGGUUACGUGACGGCAAAGCUGAAGGAGUGGUGUGCAUUCAUGUCGAUGAUUUUUUGUGGGCAGGAACACCAGAGUUUAAGCGACAAGUGAUUGAUCAGUUGAGAGAGACAUUCACCAUAGGGAGCUCAGAGACUAAGGCCUUCAAGUACGUUGGAAUAAAUGUUGUAUCAAACAAGAAUGGCAGCAUAGCUCUUGACCAGUUUCAGUAUGCAAUGACCUUGAAACCAAUACCUGUGAGUAGACAACGGGCUGCGGUGAAGUCUGCAGAGCUGUCUGACUCGGAGAAAUCAGAGUAUAGAGCUAUGAUUGGACAGUUAAGCUGGAUUGCUACUCACACCAGACCUGACAUUUCAUUUGACACGUGUGAGUUAAGUGGGUUACGUUGCAAUGCAACAGUGUCAGAUUUAAUGCGACUCCUCAAAGUCAUAGAGAGAGUAAAGACUGAUAAUGUUAAAUUGUAUAUGCCAAGGAUGAGGAAUCUUGAAGAGUGUCACCUCGAGUGUUUUUCCGAUGCCUCGUUUGCCAACUUAAAAGGAAAUGGAUCACAAGGAGGAUUCGUGAUUUUCUUACGGGAUAAUGAUAUGGAGAGAUGUCCAGUAUUCUGGCAAACAAGAAAAAUUAGAAGAUGUGGUCAAGUCCACCCUAUCAGCUGA